AUGCCUGCCACCGUGCAAACCCUCCCGAUCGUCCGUAUACGAGAGCCUGCAACAGUCAACUUAAGCCCCGUACCUGAGUGUUACGAGUUCCUUAAAGCUCCAGAGCCACCGCAAAAAUAUCGAAUCAACUUCCACCAUCCUGCCUAUGGGCCUAAUGAUAACCCACUCUUUACCUUGUAUGCUUGGGAUCAUGCUGAUGGUGGGAUCCAUCAUGGCUUUGCACACAGCGCUUGUUCAAUAUUCGCCGACAACCGCACCGAUGGUUAUUUGAGCACAACGUGCGAUGGCGAGCAUGGCGAGCGAGUUCAGGCUGGCUGGGAUGAAGUCCUGCCUGCUGCUGUCGUGGACUACUACUUCUAUGUCCCUUAUCCUCCUGGACUGGAGAUUUGA